CAGCACUUUGAGAAGAUCGAGAAGCAAUUCGAGCAAUUACACGAUCAUCUGCAGUCUCGCCCGCUUUCUCCCUCGUCACAGGCUCCCCCUCCCCCAUCUCGUGGCUCGAGUCGUCCCAUGACGGGUCAGAACCCUCGACAUGUCGAUCUCCUCGAUGCUCUCUUUUCAUCGGACCGGUACCACACCCAGAACUCCACCUCGUCGCCUAUUAGCCCGUACAAUGAAGACAUUGCGGAACGAAAUAUGACUCGGUUUCUCCAAACAACUCCCCCGCGCAAACGGACUGGCGUAUACUCGCGCAUCAUCAAUGCGUUGUACCAGGAAGAUGUAGCGGACAGGAACAUUGCAAAGGGUAAAAGUGGUCGGUCUUGGUCUCGCAAUUCGAGCGCUCGAUCUCCUCGGGUUGCGAACAAUGGCCUAUCUCGGCCCAAGACCCAAGGCCACAAGCUUGGUGACAACGGACGCCUUGGCGUUGAGAAGAAAGAUGGCAAUGUCUCGAGGUCGUCCUCUCACGAAGAUCUGCGUUCUCGUUCUCGUUCUCGCUCUAGAUCUCGGUCUCGGGCUGAACCUCCUGCAUCGGCCACAUUGGAGAGAGAGACAAGUAAUGCACAGCAACUGCGACCCCAGAAAUCGGCACCAAAUCUAUCUGCGGAACCUGGGGAGCCCAAGAGAGGGCCUUCCCCAGGCCCUGUUGGACACUUGGGAGUUCCUCCAGCCCACAAACAGGGCAACACAUGGAGCAGUACCCCCUUGCCGGAAAGUCCAACAUUACCUAUUCCUAUGAGACGAGACAAGAGUGUGAACGAGAACAAGCCUCUCCGAAAUGCAGCAGCAGCACCUUCCCCACCUCCACGUCACAGCCCACCACCAUUGAUUCCCCGCCCUUAUUCCCCACCAGCCUCUUCGGGGACAACCUCUCGCAAAAACAAGAGAGAUCUCUCUAUCAACACAGAAUUGGCUGCUCGGGGUGAUUCAUCCAAGAUCUCUCACCGUGCCAUCCAGCCACCGACCCCAAGCAGCUGUGAUGUGAAUCACAACCCCACUAUUGCACAGGUUAUGAAUAGCCCUCUGCCAGCGGGUACCCCCACAUCUAUAUCCCCUCUUCCUUCCGCAAACCAAAAGCUUGCAGAGAUCAUGGACAUGUUCAAGCAGGCAUACUCUCCUACGCCGGCAAUCAGCCCACACCCCACAUUCGAGACGCUUCAGGACGCCAUUGUCAGGGAGAUCAACUCCCAUGAAGCCUUCCGGCGUGUGCCCCUUCCUGACCAGGGCCCUCCUUUCACUCCUUCUCCUACCGAAGGAUCAUUCGACGGAUGUGCAAAUGUGCCCAAAUCCCCAGGUCAACCAUUGAACAGGACAGUUUCCGCAAAGGAGAGUCAACUCUCCAAACUUAUGCGGCGUGGUUCCUUUAAAAAGCACAGGAGAGGCUCGGAAAUGCGCAAGAGCAUCUCCACUAGUGUGCCCUCGAAAGGAUAUGAAAAGAUCUUUAAGCGAGCUCCUGCACAAGCUACCCGCCGAAGACACACCGAUGCUCCUCUGCCCUCUCCUGGAUUCUUCGAUACCGUGGAAUCAUCUCAGUCACAGCAAGCCGCCGAACGACUUGACCAGGUGACAUACAUGGAUGUGCUUCUCCGAUCUGCCAACCAGAAGAGGUCUUCCAAGAAAGGAUCCGACUUUGGCAUCCCCAAGAACCUCGGUCACUCUCAUUCCGUGGGAACUCUCUCCUCCCACGGGUUCUCCGAAGGAUCGAGUGCGGCGGCUCCCUCUGUCUACUACAUGCGUGCGCAGACCUCCGCAUCAUCCCCUGAUGGCCGUCACAGCUUCGCACCCGAUGAUGAUGACGACGACGAUGUAAUUCAACUCCCAAGUGUCGACAUCCCUCAACUGCAAAUUCAAGGCGUCGACAAAAACAACGUUCAAUACGUUGUCGGCAACUCUACGGCCACCAAUGCGUACAGACUAAUGAGCUGGCCGCAAAAG